AUGGCUUCAGAAUUGAAACCCCUCAAUGUUCUCAUGGUGGGAACUGGUGAAUAUACCACCGGUUUCGUAGGGGGUGGAGCUUCGGGGUCAGAUAAGAAAGUUGGAGUUGUAGGACUCUCAUUAUUUGAUCUGCGAAGACGUGGAAAGGUUGAUAAGUUGUCCAUGGUUGGCACAUCUGGAGGAAAAUUCCCAGCUAUCCGUGAACAUCUCAAGAAAAACAUCUCCCAAGUUUACAACAGUCUCGACACAUCUUUCGAUUCCUUCCCUGCAAAUGACAAAACCGACCCCUCAGCAUACAAAACCGCCAUUGAUGCCCUUUCACCGGGUGAUGCCAUUACAAUCUUUACUCCCGACACAACCCAUUACCCCAUCGCUCUUUAUGCCAUUGAACGUAAAAUCCACGUUCUAAUAACAAAGCCCGCAGUCAAGAUCCUUUCCCAACAUCUGGAACUUCUCGAAGCUGCUAAGAAGAAUGGUGUCUAUGUUUAUAUUGAGCAUCACAAAAGAUUCGACCCCGCUUACUCCGAUGCUAGAUACAAGAGUUUAGGAAUGGGUGAUUUUAAUUACUUUUACAGUUAUAUGAGUCAACCUAAAUCACAAUUGGAGACAUUCAAGGCAUGGGCUGGUGUGGAUUCAGAUAUCAGCUAUUAUCUCAAUUCGCAUCAUAUUGAUAUUUGCGAGUCGAUGGUUUCACAGCAGGGAUUCUUACCAGUGAAGGUCUCAGCGAGUGCUAGUAAGGGAACGGCUGUAGGACUAGGUUGUGAUCCAAUCACCGAAGAUACUAUAUCUUUACUUGUACACUGGGUCAAGAAGGAUGAUCCAAGCAAGAGAGCUACCGGUGUGUACACAGCAUCUUGGACUGCUCCACAAAAGGCAGGUGUUCACUCAAAUCAAUAUUUCCACUACAUGGCUAGUGGAGGAGAAAUCCGUGUUGAUCAAGCUAAGAGAGGAUACGAUGUCGCUGAUGACAAGGUUGGUCAAUUAAUGUGGUAUAACCCAUUUUACAUGCGUUACGCACCAGAUGAGGAGGGCAACUUUGCCGGACAGACCGGUUAUGGAUAUGUCAGUUUCGAAAAGUUUGUCGAUGGAUGCAGGCUAGUUAAUAAGGAUGGUGUUCCCGCCCUCAAGGUCUUAGAUGAUAGAGGAUUACCCACUUUGGCAAAUACUGUAGGAACAACCGCUAUUUUGGAAGCUGGAAGAAGAGCAUUAGAUGAGAACAGGGAGGUAGAAAUCAAGGUUGAAGAUGGAGUUUGGUCCCUAGUUUAA